AUGUCUUGUCUCUCUAGGGUUUCUUCCCGAGCUGGAGGGAGUGGCUGUGCCAGAGUGUCCAGCGGUGGAAGUAGCUUCAGCAGUAGCAGCAGAUGUGGCAUAGGGGGUAGCUCUUCUCGGGGCUUUGGAGGCUCCAGCAGCUGUGGACUGAGUGGAAGCUUCAGCAAUGGGUUUGGAGUGGGCUUCGGAGGUGGGUUCAGUAGCAGCUCAGUAGUGGGCGGCUAUGGAAGUGGCUCAAGCUCCGGUGCUGGCUUUGGUGGUGGCUCCAGUGGAGGCUUUUAUAGUUAUGGUGGAGGUGUUGGUGGGGGUGCUGGUGGCGGGGGCUUUGGCGCCAGUGAUGGAGGCCUUCUCUCUGGAAGUGAGAAGCAAACCAUGCAGAAUCUCAAUGACCGUCUGGCUAGCUACCUGGACAAGGUCCGUGCUCUGGAGGAGGCCAACACGGAUCUGGAGAUCAAGAUCAAGGAGUGGUAUGAUAAAUUUGGACCUGGAUCUAGAGAUUCUGGAUCUGGGAAAGACUAUAGUCGCCAUUAUUCAAUCAUUGAAGAUCUGAGGAAUCAGAUCAUUGCUGCCACUACUGAGAAUGCUGGGAUUGUCCUACAGAUUGACAAUGCCCGACUGGCUGCUGAUGACUUCAGACUGAAGUAUGAAAAUGAACUGUAUCUCAGACAAAGUGUUGAGACCGAUACCAAUGGCCUACGCAAGGUCCUGGAUGAUCUGACAAUGGCGAGAUCUGACCUGGAGAUGCAGAUUGAAAGCCUUACUGAAGAACUGGCUUACCUCAAGAAGAAUCAUGAGGAGGAAAUGAAGAGCAUGCAGGGAUCGUCUGGAGGCGAUGUGACAGUGGAAAUGAACGCCGCCCCGGGCACUGAUCUGACUAAGCUGCUGAACGACAUGCGAGCGCAGUAUGAAGAACUGGCCGAACAAAACCGGAGAGAAGCUGAAGAGCAGUUCAAUAAGCAGAGUGCCUCGCUGCAAGCCCAGAUCUCUACUGAUGCUGGAGCGGCCAACUCAGCCAAGACUGAAAUAACGGAGCUGAAAAGAACUCUUCAAGGCCUUGAAAUUGAGCUUCAGUCCCAACUGGCUAUGAAAAGCUCCCUGGAAGGCACCCUGGCAGACACUGAGGCCGACUAUGUGGCCCAGCUCUCCCAGCUGCAGAUGCAGAUCAGCAGCCUGGAGCAACAAAUUUGUGAGAUCAGAGGAGAGAUGGAGUGUCAGAAUUCAGAGUAUGAACAGCUGUUGAAUAUCAAGACCCGCCUGGAGAUGGAGAUUGAGACUUAUCGCCGCCUGCUUGAUGGAGAGGGAGGUGGUUCCCAUUCUGAAGGAUCAAGUUCUUGGAAAUCAGGGAACAGGGGCUCAAUAUCCGGUGACUCAAGAUGUGGAAGCUCUUCAGGGCAAGGAAAAGAUUCAAACAAAACCAGGGUAACCAAAACUAUUGUAGAGGAGGUUGUGAACGGCAAAGUUGUCUCAUCUCAAGUCAGUAAUGUUUCUGAGGUCAAGGUCAAAUAA